AUGACUACAGAUGAAAAUCCAUAUGGCGAAAAUGAGUCAGUACAAGAAUAUAAUGAUUCUGCGAGAGAGCCAGAAGAUUCGAGCAGUAUCGAUGCUCGUGAUAUGGUUAGACUUCAUGACAGUAUCAUGGUAAGUUGGAAAAAGAACAACAUCAAGCAUUAACAGAGAAACACUAGGGGUUUUAUACACUAGGACACUACUACAAAUUCAAAGAUCUUGUGUGUUACUAGAAACAGACCAUUUUUUGUGAUGCAAGGGGAUCGUCGGGGUUCAUCAUCAGUGGUUCUCACAAGUAAUGGUAUGUUUCGUUUUGCAUGAUUCCUUUGCCAGU